CGCCAUAGCCACCAUAGCAGACAGGGCACGAUGCAGAACCUGGUAACCUCCGCUCUGCUCUGGUUCCACAGCGCUUACCUUCGUCGAUCGAAGAGUGCACGGAUCGAAUCCCUGUCCCCGCCGCAGUCGCUUCCUGUCUUUCAAAAGCUCCGCGAUUAUGUGGCAUCUGACAAGGACGAGGACUGGGUUCUCCCGUCGGGACCCCGGCCGCUCGUCGGUCCUUAUCAGCAGUGGCUGCUGAUCGUUUCCUGCUUCGGUCUAUCGCUUUCCGCCAGCAUCGUUUACAUGGUGUGGAAGCUGUCGCUGUUCUGGCGGCUAUGGAGCACAGCGUCCGCCUUCUCCGUCUUCUUCUUGCUUGUCGAGUGGUGCUUGUUCCUGUCCAUGUUCAGUUGGGCGAUCGAGUUCUCGAGCCCGCCCACGUGUCGGAAGCAGCUGAGGUUGCCCCCCUCCGGGCCGUUUCCACGUGUCGCGAUCCUGAUCACCAGCUGCAACGAGGAGUUCGACGUGUUGCAGGACACCGUGCUGGCGGCGCUGUCGCAGAAGUACCCCCACGAAGCGUACACAGUGUGGGUGCUGGACGAUGGCGGCGACGACGAGCUGCGCGACUGGGUGGAGGCGCUUGCGCAGGAGUCCGGGCGGCGGCUGCGGUACCUCCGCCGGCCCAAGCCGAAGGGAGUGCCGCACCACUUCAAGGCGGGCAACCUGAACCACGCCCUGGCYSGGAUCACGGACGAGUUCAUCGCCGUCCUGGACGCAGACAUGAUCACCUCCCCCGCCUUCCUCUCCAGCGUCCUGCCCCACUUCGCCUCCCCGAAGGUCGCCUUUGUCCAGACUCCGCAGGCGUUCUACAACACCCCGMGCGGRGAUCCGCUGAACGGGAGCGGGCACUACUUCUUCGACAUCGUGCUCCCCUGUCGCGAUGCGGGCGGCAGCGCGCAGUGCGUCGGGACGGGRGUCGUCUUCCGCCGCAGCUGCCUGAGCGACGUCGGMUUCUUCCUGACGGGCGCCGUGACGGAGGACAUCGGGACAUCCCUGCAGCUGCACUCCCGCGGCUGGGACUCCGUCUUCCUCAAGGAGCGCUUCCAGAUGGGGCUGACCCCCUGGACGCUGGAGAAGUACAUCAAGCAGCAGCAGAGGUGGUGCUUGGGAGAGCUACAGGUCAUCUGGCAGCGCGGGCUCAUCUGGAUCAAGGGCCAGGACUUCCCCCUCUACCGCAGGUUCAUCUACUUCCAGGCCGCUCUGCAUUCCUUCCUGGCCUUCCCCACCCUAGGGCUCAUGCUGCUCGCGCAGGCGCUGUGCUAUUUCGACCCCUCCGUGCUCCCCCUCGCAGCGGCCGAGAGCGACUACCGCAUGCUCAUAGUGUUGAUGACCCCCCACCUCCUCUUCGGCAAACUCACCGCCCAGGCCAUUCAUCUGCGCCUCCCGGGUUUCCUAUUUCGGCAACAAGUGCGCAUCCGCGGAGAGCAGUGCUGGUGGUGGAUGGCUCCCUACAAGUGCAUGGCCGUGCUCCGCUGGCUCGCGCCUUGGAUCCCGAAGACGUUCGAAGCCACAGGGAGCAGGAACGCAGAGGGGGGUGGAGGGGGAGGGGGAGGGGGAGGUGCCAGGGACGUCGCCGCCAUGUGGAGGUCCGUCCAGCUCGUCGGCUUCCACCUGCUGUACGUCGUCGUCGGAUUGGUCGGGAUCGGGUGGAGGAUCUCCAUCUUGAUCUUGAACCCGCGCAGCUGUCCCGACUUGAUGAAGUCCACCUUCGCCAUCCUCUUCUCCCUCAUGGCCGUUCAGCAGACGUGCGAGCCGAUCCUCUCGGAGUUCUUCCCGCCGUCUUAUCCUGCGGAAUCGGACAGAAAAUCUCUGCUCAAGUAUGACAAAGACGGGGUACCCGUCUACCGUCACGAUUUCGGCAUCGUGCCCACCGACUGGCGAGUGCUGUUGUUGGAUAUCCUCCCGGCACUCCAAGCGCUUCUGUGGAUCUACUUCACGUGGGUGGCUUUGCACCCGGACUACGUUCCCAGCUAUUGCGAUGGAAGCUUCUUAGUAGGCACGCCCAUCUGAGAGGAACCCCGGAGGAAAGGUAGCAGCUCUCUCUCUCUCUCUCUCUCUCUCUCUCUCUCUCUCUCUCUCUCUCACACACACACACACACACACACACACACACACACAGACACACACACAUGCAUGCAUUUCCGGCUGUUGCGAUGCAGA